AUGGAAGGUUCAGAAUCAGCCUCAGCAGACGAAACCAUGCGCCUCGCCAUCACCCGCUUCCGCAGCAAAAUGGCCGACGCAAACCGCCGGUUCCUCCAGGACCGCAUCAACGAAAUCAACGCAAAAGAUCUACCAACCGAAGAGGAGAAGCGCCGCUUGCUCUGCCAGUACCGAUGGAUGGACGGUCUCAUCCCACAGGACACGGCAGUUGCUGAUGUUGACAUCCCUGCUGUUCUCAACGCUCUACCAGCCCAUGAACCCUCUGACGGCACACGCGAGAAGUUGGCGGACUCAGAACUACUGAAGCGCGAGCAGGAGGGCUUGCAGCGGGAGUUAGAAGAUGAAUUACCGAAUAAGUUGCUGGAGGCGUAUAUUGACGACGACCUGGAGGCCCAGGCUGGCUUUAUCACCGGCGUUGGAUAUAACCAGCUGUAUGAAUGCCCGGCGUGGUAUAGUGCGUAUGUGUACUGCCGGCUGGAGACGGAUGAUAAGGAUGAUGUUGCUGCUGAUGCUGCCAACAUCCGGGACUGGGGGUGGCGGGUGGUUAUUUUCAAGGCCGAGGUGGUCAAUCCGAGCAUUCUGUACGGCCGCAAGGCGCGCUUUGAUUCUAUCCCAGAAUUCUUGGAUUGGUAUGCCAGCUGGCUGGACCAUCUCGAUGCACGGGGGUUGCGUUCUCUGCGGCGCCACGCUGUAGGCUGUGAGACGGAUUGCGAGUCGGACUGUGAGGAUCAUGCUACGGGAGGCUAUGCAGAGAAGUUCUAG